CACAUAAUUAUGUACAUUCAGUACGUAUAUUAUCCUGGUUAUAUAAACAUAUACAUUAGCUGAUCUAUACAUUUUUUUUUUGUAGGCGGAUAGUUUUGAUAUGGAUGAAUUCUUAAUCGGAAAUGAUAUUUGUAAUAAUUCAGCCACCAUUGAUGUAUCGUCAACAGCUCCUGCAAAUCGUAAUGCUGGGAAGGAUAUACGACAGUUGGUAAACAAUUAUAUUGAAGAGCAAAGCAGUCCUACAGAUGAUACGGUUAUUCUGACUCACAAAAAACAUGUGAACAACGAUGAACUUGCGCAUAAUUGGAGGUUAUCUACGAAAAGUCAACAGGGCUAUGCGAAAAGAAAUUCACCGAAAUUCAAGAAAAUUAAACAAGGAACGUAA